CUCGCUGCCAUUGAAAGGCCAGGUCACUGAUCAGGCAACUGUAAAAUGGCUAAAAGCAUGGACUACAUGGCAAAAUAAACCAUAUACCAUAUGCCCUUGUUACUGUGGCAGCUACACAAACAUCCAGAAAUCCAGAAAUCUCCAUGGGACAUGAUUGUAAUGGCUGCCUUGUAACCCUUGACAGCAAUUUAUAAGCAUUAGCCUAGUCUCAGAAAAUCUGUACCUAUCCACAUAGAUGGAAUUAAGAAGUGAUGUUCCCUACCAAGAGGUCAUCAUGUGAUGAUGGUUAACAUGUCCCCUGGGACAUUUUGGGAUUUGAUUUUAGGUGCACCUGGCAUAAAUGGUGAGACAGGCCCUCAAGGGCUCCCAGGUGAGAAAGGAGAAACAGGAGCCACUGGAGGAAAAGGCCCUCAGGGUGAAAAAGGGCCCAAAGGGGACCUGGGUGAAAAAGGUCAGACAGGCCUAGCUGGCCCAACUGGUCCCCAGGGGGAGAGGGGUGAAACUGGUCCAGAAGGACCACAGGGAAGCCAGGGUCCACAGGGACCUCAAGGACCUCCAGGCGAGAGAGGACAGGAUGGAGCAAAUGGAGAGACUGGACCUCAAGGGCCUGCCGGACCCCAGGGAGAACGGGGACCCCCAGGAGAAACAGGCCCCCAGGGGGAACAGGGAAUGGCAGGACCCCCUGGGGAAGUGCCUGUACCACCUGUUCAACCAGGAGGACAAUGACAUGAUGAUCAGCUUUAGAACAUUCUGACAAAUUUCCUGUUUACCUUCAUGACUUGAAUAUUGAAUACAGACACAGUAUUAUCACUGUAACUUCUCAUCUUCGCAAAGUUUCCUCUUGUUACUACUGAAUGACAAAAGCCACAGUAUAGGAAUGGUUCAUAUUCAGCGGAAGGCUUGAAAAAAUUUGCUUAACACUCUUCCUUAGUGUAUGCUUUUAUUAUUCCAGAAUCUGUGAUUUUGGGUCAUAGUGUUUUUUUUAUUUUAUAAUGAACGAUUUGUCAGUUCGGAGCGUCAUUCUAUUUACGAAACUUGUAUUUUGUUUCUAGAUUGAAAUUCGCUGUUUUAAAUUAUGAUAUA